AGAUAAAAAAAGAUAUGAACUCAGCUCGUAUUGUUUAGUUUCGUCUCUUCGCGUCACGCUACUGAACGCAAUAGCAGAACAGAAUACAGAAUCUCAAAUUUAAAAUGAAGUCUUAUUGUGUUGUAUUUAUUUUAUUCAUACAGAUUUUGCGGUCUACAGCAUCUUAUAAAACAGCUUACGUUGAAGACCUUUGCGGCAAUAAUAAUGAAGGUGUUUGGAACUUAGGAUCCGAGAAUUCUAAUUCAUCAGGAAUUCUAAAAUCAUCAAUAAGCAAACCAUUUUUGCAAGGAAUGAACUGUACAGUUAUAAUUCAACCGCCUUUGGGCUUUGGCGUGGUUUUAAGUGUCAGGCAUCUUGAUUUCAGGCCAUUUUAUUUGCCACAUUGUCAAAGCUACAUAGAAAUAUUUGAAAAUGACAAAACUACAAAAUUAUGUGGUUACAGUGACGAUGUGUCAGAAUAUCAGUCUUACUUCAGUGAAGGAAAGGCUUUAGAAUUACAUUUCCACACAGUGAACAACAGCGGGAUUGAACAUCAUUCUGAAAUUGCUUUCAUAGUUACAUCUUUCUUAAAACUGCCAUUCCACUGCGACAUGAAAAUGUUUCAAUGCGGAAAUUCACGGUGUAUUUGGAAAGGCCUAAAAUGUGAUGGACACAAUAACUGUGGAGAUCAAAGUGAUGAAUCUUCACGAAAAGCUAAUUGUGGUGUGCUAACUCCAGGUGAAAUAACGGGUAUAGUAGUUGGAUGUGUAGUUGGAUUCCUUCUACUUAUCCUUUUGCCAUUUGCACUUUGCCGUUGUUGUCGUUACAAACAAACCGACAAUGGCCCUUCGGCUAGGGAACCAGCUCUCAUACAGCCAGCACCAACUUACGGUACAGGUAGAGAAAGUAAUAUCCAUAGUAUACAGCCACCCCCUCCGUUGGAGCCAAGUACUUCAUAUAGGACAUACCAAGAUUCCCCUCCAGCAUAUAAACCCUGAAAUGUUAAGUGAUUCUAUGCCCUCUACAUUCCAUUGAUGAUGUUGAAAAAUCUAAACUUAAAAAAGCUUGAGGUUAAAAAUAAUUUUAACAAAUUCAUUGUCUUUAGUUUUAUUUCUUUGUAUAAAUUAUCAAUCUAUAGAUAAUAAAAUAAAAAUUAUUAAUCGCUGAAUA